AUGGCGGUGCUGGGCAAGCGCAAGGGGGACGAAGUCCCCGCCCACGACGCCAAGAGAGCGAAGGAUGAGGCUCCUCUUUGGACCCCUCCGUCGGAUCUCGUAGCUUCUUCCAACUGGACCAAAUUCACGGAACUUGUGAACAAACGCUUCAAGUUGUCGCUCAAGACGCCGCAGGAGCUCUGGGAAUGGUCAGUUGACAACCUCGAGGACUUCUGGGGAGCGUGUUGGGACUUUACGGGGAUGGCGGCGUCGCAGCCGUACUCGAACGUGAUCGAGGACAAAGAGAAGAUGCCAGGUGCCAAGUUUUUCCCGGGUGCGCGACUGAAUUUCGCGGAGAACUUGCUCCGCUUCCGUGAUGAUCGUCCUGCUAUAAUUUUCAAGGCGGAGACCAGCAACCAAGAGGAUGUAAUUUCGUACAAGGAGUUGUAUGAUCGUGUGGCAGCGUUAUCUGCUCGGCUGGCAGAGAUGGGUGUUGUUGCUGGUGAUCGGGUUGCAGCAUUCAUUCCGAACAUCCCGGAAGCGAUCAUUGCCAUGCUGGCAACCACCAGUUUGGGAGCUAUUUGGUCCAGUUGCUCGCCUGAUUUUGGUGCUCAAGGCGUUUUGGAUCGUUUCGCUCAGAUCACACCAAAAGUGAUGUUUACAACUGAUGGUUAUUUCUACAAGGGGAAUCGCAUCGAUACAUUUCCCCAGGUGAAGAAAAUCAUCGAUGAAUUGCCGACUGUGGAAAAAGUUGUGGUUAUUCGCUUUACCGUUUCGAAGGCUCACGACCUGGAUCUGUCUACGAUUCGAAACGCGAUCUACUAUGAUCGAUUUAUCGAGGAAGCUGUGGAGCUUGUGAAGGACCCGAUCCCCUUCGCCCAGCUACCAUUCGACCACCCUGUCUAUGUGAUGUACAGUAGUGGAACUACUGGACUACCGAAGUGUCUGGUUCAGGGUCCGGGUGUGGUGCUGAACCACCUGAAGGAACUUUCAAUUCAUUUGAACAUACAACGGGAAGAUCGCGUGUUCUACUACACGACAACGGGAUGGAUGAUGUGGACGUGGCUAGUGAGUACUCUCGGCGUUGGAGCAACGAUUGUGCUCUUUGACGGCAACCCGUUGUAUCCAUCCACCGACGCAUUGUGGAAAUACGCGCAGGACGUUGGUAUGACUGUGUUUGGCACAAGUGCCCGAUACCUGGCUGCGGUUAUGGACUCGGGCUGCAUUCCCGGCAAAAAGUUUGAUCUGUCCAAGUUGAAGUUGAUCACGUCCACAGGAUCGCCGGCAAGCACCAACAUAUUCAAGUUUGUGUACGAGGGGAUCAAGAGCAAUGUCCAGUUCGCCUCCAUCAGCGGGGGAACUGAUCUGAAUGGGUGUUUUGCUCUGGGUUGCACCAAUCUCCCAGUGUGCGACAGUGAGCUCCAGACACGAGGUUUGGGUCUAGACGUGCGCAUUUUCAACGACGACGGCCAGGAAAUCGUCCUAGAACAAGGCGAGCUUGUCUGCAAGCAACCGUUCCCAUCGAUGCCGCUAUACUUUUGGAAUGAUGAGAGCGGAGCCAAGUACCAUGGCGCCUAUUUUGAUACCUUCCCAAAUAUCUGGAAGCACGGUGAUUUCGCUGAAGUAACGAAGAGUGGUGGGGUUAUCAUCUACGGUCGCUCUGACGCGACCUUGAAGCCAGGUGGUGUCCGUAUCGGAACUGCGGAUAUCUACAAGGUGCUGGAGAAAAUGGCAGAAGUGGCCGACUCGGUGGUUGUCGGACAGAGUUAUACUCUGAAUGACGGUACUCCAGACGUCCGUAUUCUGCUGUUUGUAGUGAUGACAGAGGGUUACGAGUGUACCCCCGCCUUCCAGAAGAAAGUGCGUCAGCGUAUUCGAGACCAAACUUCGCCCCGACACAUGCCAGGGAUGGUCGUUGCAUGCCCCGCUAUUCCUCAUACUGUGAGUGGGAAGAAGGUGGAGUUGACCGUCAAGAAAAUUAUUGAUGGACAUGCGGUUACCAACAAGAACGCCUUGCAAAACCCAGAGAGUCUGGCCUGGUUCGAGGAGUUCGCGACGUCUUUGCGUGAAAACAGUGCAAAUGGAGCGUGA